GAUUCAAGUGCCCUGUAUGUUCAAAAUUUGUAUCUUCUGAUGAAAUGGAUUUACAUCUUGUGAUGUGUUUGACAAAACCAAGGAUAACCUACAAUGAGGAUGUGCUGAGUAAAGAUGCUGGGGAGUGUGCAAUAUGCCUGGAAGAGCUGCAGCAAGGAGAUACUAUAGCACGGCUGCCCUGCCUCUGCAUAUAUCAUAAAGGCUGCAUAGAUGAAUGGUUUGAAGUAAAUAGAUCUUGCCCUGAGCAUCCAUCAGAUUAA